AUGAAUUGCUGCUGUGGUUGGAGUAGGGAUCUCCAUUUGAAUGAAGCCGGCUUUUUGGAAGUGAAAAGGAACGAAGUGAUGUUGUUAGCCUUCACCUACUCCAAACAGACCUGUUACCUGAAGGAGUUCCGCACAGAGCAGUGCCCUCUUUUCGUGCAGCACAAGUGCACUCAGCACCGGCCCUACACUUGCUUCCACUGGCACUUUGUCAACCAGCGUCGCCGCCGAUCUAUCCGCCGCCGGGAUGGUACAUUUAACUACAGCCCUGACAUUUAUUGUACCAAGUAUGACGAGACCACAGGAAUCUGCCCAGAAGGAGAUGAGUGUCCCUUCUUGCACAGAACUACUGGAGACACAGAGAGGAGGUAUCACUUGCGCUACUACAAAACUGGAAUCUGCAUUCAUGAGACAGACUCCAAGGGAAACUGCACAAAGAAUGGAGUCCACUGCGCAUUUGCUCAUGGGCCCCAUGACCUGCGCUCUCCAGUGUAUGACAUCAGGGAGCUUCAGGCGAUGGAGGCUUUGCAGAAUGGUCAGACAACAGCAGAAGGUGGCAUAGAGGGUCAGUCUGCAGUCGCUGCUAGCCAUGCUAUGAUAGAGAAAAUACUCAGUGAGGAGCCAAGGUGGCAAGAUACGACGUAUGUGUUGGGAAAUUACAAGACAGAGCAAUGUAAGAAACCACCUCGUCUCUGUCGCCAAGGUUAUGCCUGUCCAUACUACCACAAUAGCAAAGACAGAAGAAGAAGCCCAAGAAAACACAAAUACAG